GAUCAUGGAUUUUUUUAACUAUAUAUUUAUGGACAUUCCUUCAAAAUGCAUUUCAUUCAGUCCAAAUUGAUUUUAUCCACAAAAUGCUUGAAUGAAGGGGGAUUUACUGUGUUACGGGGUAAAUGACUAAGUUUUUGUUUAUAAUAGUGAAACCAAAUACUUCAAAUAUACAUUGCAAUGAUAAUAAAAAGUAACAAAGUUAUAUUAAAAGAUAAAUACAACUUUGUUGGCUUAGAGGGCGGGUUUAUAACAAUUUUUUAACAAUGAAUUUAAUUGAAAUUCCUAUGAUUUUAAAGGAAAUCCAUAAUGAAUAUUUGUUAUUAGAUAACAAGGUAUAGCACUUGGAUGAUAAAUUUGAAUUGAUUGAUUUUGGAUUGAAAUUAAUAACUUAACCUUAUUGUAUUCCAAAAUGGGGAGAUGAGAAUGUAGUCAUUUAUUAGAGUGGAAGAAGGUAUAUAUAUGAAUAAAAAUUUGAAAAUGAUUAUCCAUAUCAUAUUUUAUGCGUUGAUAGAUUUAAAAAUAAAUAUGGAGUGUUAAAUAAAUUGCAUAAAGCAAUUAGUCUACAUGUAUUUGAAUUAGAUCAAAUAUAUGAAUGGAAAUAAACAAAUACCAUUAAUGAUAAUGAUAUUUUCAUUGAAUUAAGAUUGAUAAUAAAUGAGAAGAUGCCAACAGAAAAUCUCAAAGAAGCUUUAUUAAGAAUUAAAUUUUUGGAUGAUAAACAAAUUUAUAUUACUUCUAAAAAAGGUGAAAUCUUUUUAAUUUCUUUAACAAAAUAAGUCAAAUAAUUAAAAUUGGAUGCCAAUGUCAUUUCUGAUAAAUAUUUCUACAAAUUACCAUAAGAAAUUCACAUCAAGGGUAUAUAUUUAAUAAAUAACUAUCAAUAUAAAUAUUAUACAGUAGGUUUAGAUAGAAUAAUAUUUUCAUUUUGUAUUGAAGAUAGUUAAAUUUUUGAUUAUCAUAAAUUUGCUUGUUUGGCUGGCAAAGUCAACAAAUUAUAAAUUAAUAAAGAAAAGAAUUUAAAAUAUUAUCAUGAUAAAAAACUAAAAUCUCUUCAAAAUAUAAAUAUGAUAAAAUGUGUUCUAUUACUCAAAAUAAAAUUGUGA